GUAUCACGUGAGCCGGUACCAAGAUGGCGGCUGGGGUGGCCGGGUGGGGGGUUGAGGCAGACGAGUUCGAGGAUGCUCCUGAUGUGGAGCCGCUGGAGCCCACGCUUAGCAACAUAAUCGAGCAGCGCAGCCUUAAGUGGAUCUUUGUCGGGGGCAAGGGUGGCGUUGGCAAGACCACCUGCAGCUGCAGUCUAGCUGUCCAACUAUCUAAGGGGCGGGAGAGUGUUCUUAUCAUCUCCACAGACCCAGCCCACAACAUCUCAGAUGCUUUUGACCAGAAGUUCUCCAAGGUGCCUACCAAAGUCAAAGGCUAUGACAACCUCUUCGCCAUGGAGAUUGAUCCCAGCCUUGGUGUGGCUGAACUGCCUGAUGAGUUCUUCGAGGAGGACAACAUGCUGAGCAUGGGCAAGAAGAUGAUGCAAGAAGCGAUGAGCGCCUUCCCAGGCAUCGAUGAAGCCAUGAGCUAUGCAGAGGUCAUGAGGCUGGUGAAGGGCAUGAACUUCUCAGUGGUGGUGUUUGACACGGCUCCCACAGGCCACACGUUGCGGCUGCUCAACUUCCCCACAAUCGUUGAGCGGGGCCUCGGCCGCCUCAUGCAGAUCAAGAACCAGAUCAGCCCCUUCAUCUCACAGAUGUGCAACAUGCUAGGCUUAGGGGAUAUGAAUGCAGACCAGUUGGCCUCCAAGCUAGAGGAGACGUUGCCAGUCAUCCGGUCCGUCAGCGAGCAGUUCAAGGACCCUGAGCAGACAACCUUCAUCUGUGUUUGCAUUGCUGAGUUCCUGUCCCUGUAUGAGACAGAGCGACUGAUCCAGGAGCUGGCCAAGUGCAAGAUCGACACACACAACAUCAUUGUCAACCAACUCGUCUUCCCUGACCCUGAAAAGCCCUGCAAAAUGUGUGAGGCCCGCCAUAAGAUCCAGGCCAAGUACCUAGACCAGAUGGAGGACCUGUACGAAGACUUCCACAUUGUAAAGCUGCCGCUGCUGCCCCACGAAGUACGGGGGGCAGACAAGGUCAAUACCUUUUCUGCCCUCCUCCUGGAGCCCUACAAGCCCCCCAGUGCCCAGUAAUACAUCUCCAGCCCCAGCCACUACCAUUUCACACCUACCCUCCACCCCGUCCUGGGGCAGAGUUUGCACAAAUUCCCCCCUUAGUACAGGGGGAGCCACUUGAGGGGUGGGAGGCGAGGGGGGGGUGUUCCCCCUGAUGGGGCUCAGGGGGACUGUAGUUGCCCCCCCCCACCUCUCCCCACCUCUCACCUCUCAAUAAAAUGAUCUUAAACCAC